UUUGAAUGAAAGCUCCACAAGAUGGCGGCGGUCGGGGCCGAGGCGCGAGGAGGUGAGGCUGGAGCGCGGCCCCCUCGCCUUCCCUGUUCCCAGGCAAGCUCCCAAGGCCCGGGCGGCGGGGCCGUCCCGCGGGCCAGCCAGACGGCGACGUGGCGGUUCCCCGCCCGCCGCGACCCCAACUCUGGGACGCACGCUGAGGACGCCUACCCUCCCCCAGGCCGCUGACCCGCCUCCUUGCCCUGCCGGCUCCCGCCGCGGAGCUUGGUGUGUGCCUUGCCUAGUUUCACUUGAUACUCUUCAGGAAUUAUGUAGAAAAGAAAAGCUCACAUGUAAAUCGAUUGGAAUCACCAAAAGGAAUCUAAACAAUUAUGAGGUGGAAUACUUGUGUGACUACAAGGUAGUAAAGGAUAUGGAAUAUUAUCUUGUAAAAUGGAAAGGAUGGCCAGAUUCUACAAAUACUUGGGAACCUUUGCAAAAUCUGAAGUGCCCGUUACUGCUUCAGCAAUUCUCUAAUGACAAGCAUAAUUAUUUAUCUCAGGUAAAGAAAGGCAAAGCAAUAACUCCAAAAGACAAUAACAAAACUUUGAAACCUGCCAUUGCUGAGUACAUUGUGAAGAAGGCUAAACAAAGGAUAGCUCUGCAGAGAUGGCAAGAUGAACUCAACAGAAGGAAGAAUCAUAAAGGAAUGAUAUUUGUUGAAAAUACUGUUGAUUUAGAGGGCCCACCUUCAGACUUCUAUUACAUUAACGAAUACAAACCAGCUCCUGGAAUCAGCUUAGUCAAUGAAGCUACCUUUGGUUGUUCAUGCACAGAUUGCUUCUUUCAAAAAUGUUGUCCUGCUGAAGCUGGAGUUCUUUUGGCUUAUAAUAAAAACCAACAAAUUAAAAUCCCACCUGGUACUCCCAUCUAUGAAUGCAACUCAAGGUGUCAAUGUGGACCUGAUUGUCCCAAUAGGAUUGUACAAAAAGGCACACAGUAUUCGCUUUGCAUCUUUCGAACUAGCAAUGGACGUGGCUGGGGUGUAAAGACCCUUGUGAAGAUUAAAAGAAUGCGUUUUGUCAUGGAAUAUGUUGGAGAGGUAAUCACAAGUGAAGAAGCUGAAAGACGGGGACAGUUCUAUGACAACAAGGGAAUCACGUAUCUCUUUGAUCUGGACUAUGAAUCUGAUGAAUUCACAGUGGAUGCGGCUCGAUACGGCAAUGUGUCUCAUUUUGUGAAUCACAGCUGUGACCCAAAUCUUCAGGUGUUCAAUGUUUUCAUUGAUAACCUCGAUACUCGUCUUCCCCGAAUAGCAUUGUUUUCCACAAGAACCAUAAAUGCUGGAGAAGAGCUGACUUUUGAUUAUCAAAUGAAAGGUUCUGGAGAUGUCUCUUCAGAUUCUAUUGACCACAGCCCAGCCAAAAAGAGGGUCAGAACAGUAUGUAAAUGUGGAGCUGUGACUUGCAGAGGUUACCUCAACUGAACUUUUUCAGGAAAUAGAGCUGAGGAUUAUAAUUUUUUUUUCCUAAUGUUAACAUUUUUAAAAAUACAUAUUUGGGACUCUUAUUAUCAAGGUUCUACCUAUGUUAAUUUACAAUUCAUGUUUCAAGACAUUUGCCAAAUGUAUUACCGAUGCCUCUGAAGAGAGGGUCACUGGGUAUCAUAGACUGAUUUGAAGUCGACAUAUUUAUAGUGCUUAGAGACCAAACUAAUGGAAGGCAGACUAUUUACAGCUUAGUAUAUGUGUACUUAAGUCUAUGUGAACAGAGAAAUGCCUCCUGUAGUGUUUGAAAGUGUUAAGCUGAUAAUCUAAUUAACAAUUCCUGAGAGAUCAAACAUGCAACUUGCCAUACACCUCAGAUUCGGAGAAACAGUUAAUUUGGGCAAAUCUACACUACAGUUCUGUUUUUGCUACUCUGUUGUCAUUCCUGUUUAAUACUGUACUUGUAUUGGAGACAAAUAGGUGGUACUGAAUUUUAUACUGUUUUCUACUUUUUCAUUAAAACAUUGGCAUCUCAAUGACAAAUUUAAGGUAUAAAAUUAAAUGUAAAAAUUAAUUUCAGCUCCAUUUCAUAUUUUGAAGCAAUCUAGACUGUUGUGAUGAGUGUAUGUCUGAACCUGUAAUUCUUAAAAGACUUUUUAAUCUAGAAGAAAAAUCUCCGAAGAGCUCUCUCUAGAAGUCCAGAAUGGCUGGCCAUUAUGCUUCUUUGAAAGGACAGGAUAAUGGGACCAGGACGGUUUUUUGGAGUACCAAGCAAGGGGAAUGGAGCACUUUAAGGGCGCCUCUUAGUGACAUGAAUUGGAAAUCUGUGUCGAGUACCUGUGGUCUAAACAGUAAAACAAGCUGCCUGGAGAGCAGCUGUACCUAAUGAUACUGUAAUGUACAUUAACAUUACAGCCUCUCAAUUUCAGGCAGAUGUAACAGUUCCUUUCCACCAGAUUUAAUUAUUUUUAUAUUUCCUGCAGGUUCUUCUUAAAAAGUAAUCUAUAUUUUUGAACUGAUACUUGUUUUAUACAUAAAUUUUUUUUAGAUGUGAUAAAGCUAAACUUGGCCAAAGUGUGUGCCUGAAUUAUUAGACCUUUUUAUUAGUCAACCUACGAAGACUAAAAUAGAAUAUAUUAGUUUUCAAGGGGGUGGGAGGGUUCCAACAUAGUAUCGAAUCUCAAUCAGGAAAAACUAUGCUUUCAUGUCUGAUUCUGAGAUUUCUGAUUGUGUUGUCGAAAAUGAUAAAUGCCGCAAAUCUAGCUUUCAGUAUUCCUAAUUUUUACCUAAGCUCAUUGCUCCAGGCUUUGAUUACCUAAAAUAAGCUUGGGUAAAAUUGAACCAACUUCAAGAAUGCAGCACUUCUUAAUCUUUAGCUCUUUCUUGGGAGAAGCUAGACUUUAUUCAUUAUAUUGCUAUGACAACUUCACUUUUUCAUAAUAUAUAGGAUAAAUUGUUUACAUGUUUGGACCCUCAGAGUCUGUUAACCAAAAUUGCAGAAUGGGGGCCAGGCGUGUGUGGUGGCUCACACCUGUGAUCCCAGCACUUUGGGAGGCUGAGGUAGGAGGAUCACCUGAGGUCAGGAGUUCAAGACCAGCCUGGCCAUCAUGGUGAAACCCUGUCUCUACUGAAAAUACAAAAAUUAGCCGGGCGUGGUGGCACACGCCUGUAGUCCCAGCUACUCAGGAGGCUGAGGCAGGAGAAUUACUUGAACCCAGGAGGCGGAGGUUGCAGUGAGCCAAGAUCAUACCACUGUACUCCAGCCUGGGUGACACAGUAAGACUCUGUCUCAAAAAAAAAAACAAAAAAACACAAAAACAAAAAAUUUUUUUUUUUUUUUGCAGUGUGUGUCAAGAAAAAAUACUUUCUUAAUGGCAUUUGUGUUUUAAGAAAAAUCAGUCACGUAGUGUCAGUGUUAAGAAAGGGUCAUAGGUUUGCAGGUUGCCCCCAGUGGCCAUACUUUGAAUUGUGAUUCUCACGGGUUUAAAGAUGUGAUUUUUAAAAAAUCAGUGUUUUACCAUCUAGUUAUUUGAUCUUGUCCACUUUUUUGUGUUUAACAAAAGUGUAAAACUGGAAAGCAAAGAAAAAAAAGACUAUUUUCAGUAAA